AAGGAGAAAAACCAUAAAUCAAAGGAGGAAUUGACCGAAAUUUCAGAGUGAACGGGAAGGGCAUAUUCUGCUUCGUUCUUUUAGUACGCGGAGGAGGCGUUGUUGGGCGAUCCAAGUAGCCGCCAUGGCCAGACAAGCAGCAAGACUCAUCAACUCUCUGUCCUCAAAGAUUCGCCCCCGCGAACCCCAGAUAUAUCCACUCACCCCUUCUUCCUCUUCUCAUUUCUUCACCCAGUCUCGGUCUUUCGGAUCGGCUCCCCCGCCCCCGCCGGCGGUGUUCGUGGACAAGAACACCCGUGUUAUUUGUCAAGGAAUUACUGGAAAAAAUGGUACCUUUCAUACCGAGCAAGCCAUCGAAUAUGGCACUAAGAUGGUUGGUGGAGUUACACCAAAGAAGGGUGGAACAGAGCACUUAGGACUUCCUGUUUUCAACUCAGUUGCUGAAGCAAAGGCUGAAACAAAGGCUAAUGCUUCAGUGAUUUAUGUUCCACCACCUUUUGCCGCAGCUGCUAUCAUGGAGGCUAUGGAAGCUGAGCUGGAUCUUGUUGUGUGCAUCACAGAAGGAAUCCCUCAACAUGACAUGGUGCGUGUGAAGGCUGCUCUUAAUCAGCAAUCAAAAACCAGGUUGAUUGGCCCAAACUGCCCUGGUAUCAUCAAACCUGGAGAAUGCAAAAUUGGAAUUAUGCCUGGAUACAUUCACAAACCAGGGCGUGUAGGAAUUGUAUCUCGAUCAGGCACAUUAACAUACGAAGCAGUUUUCCAAACAACUGCAGUUGGUCUGGGGCAAUCAACCUGCGUUGGUAUUGGUGGGGAUCCUUUUAAUGGAACUAACUUUGUUGAUUGUGUAACAAAAUUCCUUGCAGAUCCUCAGACAGAAGGUAUCAUUCUAAUUGGAGAGAUAGGGGGCACUGCAGAAGAGGAUGCUGCUGCACUCAUUAAGGAAAGUGGUACUGAAAAGCCUAUUGUUGCCUUUAUCGCUGGACUUACAGCUCCGCCUGGCCGUCGAAUGGGUCAUGCUGGAGCUAUUGUAUCCGGGGGCAAGGGUACUGCUCAAGACAAAAUCAAGACUCUAAGAGAAGCUGGGGUGACAGUUGUUGAAUCACCGGCUAAGAUUGGCACUGCAAUGCUUGAUGUCUUCAAAGAGAGAGGUCUUGUGAAUUAGUUUCACAUGGAUUUGUCCUAUACUUUUGCCCGCUUUUCUCUCUUCCAAAUUUCUUUUUUAUAUUUAAAUUGAGGAGAAAAUUCUCUCUAUUAUCCUCAUUUAAUUUAACGUCAUGGAAAUUUGUUUUGGGUAUCAAAACAAGAAGUUACACUUGCAGGACUAAAAUCUUGAUAUAAACCUGCAGAAUUCAAGUGAAAAGCUGUCUUUUUUAAGUACCACUUUUUGGGUCAUGUCAUAGGAAAAUAAGGAGGUUUAGCCAAAUCUCAUUGUUAAGUGUUAUUCUUAUUUUUUUCUGAUAAUUUGAUAUCAUGUUAGGGCUAAUAAUUUAUAUAAGAUUUACACUUGUUGGGGUACGCUGGAGUUUAAAUUAUCAGUUGUUGGUCUUCAAAUCCUAUGUUGAGAUGUGUUGGUGACUAUGACACCAUCAUUUUCUACCGUUUGGUUUGGAAACCAAUUAACUGAUGGUUUAUCCUCUAUUUACCCAUGUAAGUGGAUUUGACUCUUCUACUAUUCUCCACCACAUGAUGCUCCAUUCGUGUAAAUUGAGUUUGUAUAAGAAUUUAGCCAAGGAAAUUGAAAGGAAGGAAAAAGAAGGGAUGAAUGAAUGGUUUUUAAAAGA